UAGCGACUGCUCUGCGGUUCUCCAAAGCUCCUCCUCCCCGGAACGUGACAGUUCUUCAGCUGCCAAGGUUGGGAAGCAGGACAGGGGACACUCCUGGGGUGCAGCUCCGAGGGGAGGAAGCCGAAUUCUGGGGGCUAAAGAGGCCACGCAGGGGACCUGCUGCGCGGUGCCGAGCUGGGACCCUUUUGGCCGUCCCACUGCUGCGCAGCCUGACCCCUGUCCGGCGCGGGCCGCUGUCCACAGUGGGAGGUGCUGAAAGCAAGGAGAGGGCGCGGGGGCGGCGAGGCGGACAGCUUCUCCGAGCGCCUCCGUCCUCGCUCCUCGGUUCCUCCAGCCCUCCCCUCCUCCCGCAGCCAUGUUCCACGCGCGGGGAGGGGCUGGGGAAGGGGAGAGGGACGGGGGAUCAGGGCGGAGAGCGUCUGCUCUGCCUCAGGGAAGGAGGGGAUGAGAGUUGGGGAGAGCAGAGGGAGGAAGCGGCGGCGGCUAGCGAGGAGCCAGCGCUGGGUCCUGCAGUGGAACUCCCAGGAGCCACCAUCAUGGUGAAGAGGAAGAGCUCCGAGGGCCAAGAGCAAGACAGCGGCCGCGGCAUCCCCUUGCCCAUCCAGACCUUCCUGUGGCGGCAAACCAGUGCAUUUUUGAGGCCUAAACUGGGGAAGCAAUAUGAAGCCUCUUGUGUGUCCUUUGAACGAGUGUUGGUAGAAAACAAGCUGCAUGGCCUCUCUCCGGCCCUCUCUGAAGCCAUCCAGAGCAUUUCCAGAUGGGAACUGGUACAAGCUGCUUUGCCUCAUGUCCUGCACUGCACUGCAACCUUGCUGUCAAACAGAAACAAGCUAGGCCACCAGGAUAAACUGGGUGUCGCUGAGACAAAGCUCCUUCAUACCCUGCACUGGAUGCUCCUGGAGGCCCCCCAGGACUGCAACAGCGAGCGUUUUGGGGGCACAGACCGAGGCUCCAGCUGGGGUGGCAGCAGCAGUGCUUUCAUCCACCAGGUUGAAAACCAGGGCUCUCCAGGGCAGCCUUGCCAAAACAACUCCAAUGAUGAAGAAGAAAACAACCGAUGGAAGAUCUUCCAGAACUCCAUGGCUACUGUGGAGCUCUUUGUGUUUCUGUUUGCUCCUCUGGUACACAGAAUCAAGGAAUCUGACCUCACGUUCCGACUGGCGAGUGGGCUUGUUAUAUGGCAGCCCAUGUGGGAGCACAGACAGCCCGAAGUCUCUGGCUUCACAGCACUGGUGAAGCCCAUCAGGAACAUCAUUACAGCUAAGAGAAGCUCUCCCAUCAACAGUCAAAGUCAGACCUGUGAAUCACCAAAUCAAGACACAAGACACCGAGAGGGACUCCAGGUGGUCUCUGAAACGUUCCAGUCAGAUUCCAUCUCACCCAAGACCACCAUUUCAGGCUGCCACCGAGGAAACUCCCUUGAUGGAAGUCUGUCCUCCCAGACUUCCCAGGAAAGAGGACCAUCGCAUUCCAGGGUCUCUCUCGUGAUUCCUCCAUGCCAAAGGUCCCGCUAUGCCACCUACUUUGACGUUGCUGUUCUUCACUGCCUACUCCAGCCCCAUUGGUCUGAGGAGGGCACUCAGUGGUCUCUGAUGUACUACCUACAAAGGCUGAGACACAUGUUGGAAGAGAAGCCACAAAAGCCCACAGAGCCGGAUAUCCCUCUCCUGCCCAGACCCAGAAGUAGCUCCAUGGUGGCGGCAGCUCCCUCACUAGUGAACACACACAAAACCCAAGAUCUCACCAUGAAGUGUAAUGAAGAGGAAAAAUCUCUCAGCUCUGAGGCUUUUUCCAGAGUUUCAUUGACCAACCUACGUAGGUCUGCAGUCCCGGAUCUUUCUUCAGACCUUGGCAUGAACAUUUUUAAGAAGUUCAAGAGCCGCAAAGAAGACAGAGAGAGAAAAGGUUCCAUCCCAUUCCACCAUGCGGGGAAGAGGCGGCCUCGGAGAAUGGGAGUGCCAUUCCUGCUGCACGAGGACCACCUGGAUGUGUCCCCCACCUGCAGCGCAUUCUCCUUCGGAAGUUUCUCCGGGCUUGGAGAAGACAGGCGAGGCAUGGAAAAAGGAGGCUGGCAAACCACCAUUUUAGGGAAAUUUACCCGGCGGGGCAGCUCGGACGCGGCCACUGAGAUGGAGAGCCUGAGCGGCAGGCACUCCCACUCUCAUCACACACUGGUGAGCGACCUGCCGGACCACUCCAACAGCCAUGGGGAAAACACCGUCAAGGAAGUGCGAUCCCAGAUCUCCACUAUCACAGUUGCAACCUUCAAUACCACAUUGGCGUCAUUUAACGUAGGCUAUGCAGACUUUUUCAGUGAGCAUAUGAGGAAGCUCUGUAACCAGGUGCCUAUACCUGAGAUGCCACAUGAACCCCUGGCAUGUGCAAACCUGCCUCGAAGCCUCACAGACUCCUGCAUAAACUACAGCUACUUGGAAGACACAGAACAUAUUGAUGGGACCAAUAACUUUGUCCACAAGAAUGGCAUGCUUGAUCUUUCUGUGGUUCUGAGGGCUGUUUAUCUUGUCCUUAACCAUGACAUCAGUUCUCGCAUCUGCGAUGUGGCACUGAACAUCGUGGAAUGCUUGCUUCAACUUGGUGUGGUGCCCUGUGUAGAAAAGAACAGAAAGAAGAGUGAAAACAAGGACAAUGUGACUGUGGAAAAAAGACCAAGUGAGGGAACGUUCCAGUUCAAAGGAGUAUCUGGAAGUUCCACCUCUGGAUUUGGGGGCCCUUCAGUUAGUGGAGCUGGAGAUGGAGGAGGAGAAGAAGGAAGAGGUGGUAAUGGAGGAGGUGGAGGAGGUGAUGGAGGUGGAGGUGGAGGAGGCCCCCAUGAGAAGAAUGAUAAGAACCAAGAGAAGGAUGAAAGUACGCCUGUCAGCAACCAUAGGCUUGCUCUAACCAUGCUCAUCAAAAUAGUGAAGUCUCUGGGAUGUGCCUAUGGUUGCGGAGAAGGACACCGAGGGCUCUCUGGGGAUCGUCUGAGACACCAGGUAUUCCGGGAGAAUGCCCAGAACUGCCUCACUAAGUUAUACAAGCUAGAUAAGAUGCAAUUCCGACAAACCAUGAGGGACUAUGUGAACAAAGACUCUCUCAAUAACGUAGUGGACUUCUUGCAUGCUUUGCUAGGAUUUUGUAUGGAGCCGGUCACUGACAACAAGGCUGGGUUUGGAAACAACUUCACCACGGUGGACAACAAAUCCACAGCCCAAAAUGUGGAGGGCAUCAUCGUCAGCGCCAUGUUUAAAUCCCUCAUCACACGCUGCGCUUCAACUACGCAUGAAUUGCACAGCCCUGAGAAUCUGGGGCUGUAUUGUGACAUCCGUCAGCUGGUCCAGUUUAUCAAAGAGGCCCAUGGGAAUGUCUUCAGGAGAGUGGCCCUCAGUGCUUUGCUUGAUAGUGCUGAGAAGUUGGCACCAGGGAAAAAGGUGGAGGAAAAUGAACCAGAAUCUAAGCCUGGAGGUGGUAAAAGGUCAGAGGCAGGAAGCAUUGUGGAUAAAGGCCAGGUGACCUCUGCACCUGAGGAAUGUCGCAGCUUCAUGUCCGGUCGCCCCUCACAGACUCCAGAGCACGAUGAACAAAUGCAAGGGGGCAACAUGGGGCGGAAAGAUUUCUGGCGCAAGAUGUUCAAAUCCCAGAGUGCGGCAAGUGACACCAGCAGCCAGUCUGAGCAGGACACUUCAGAAUGCACCACUGCUCACUCGGGGACCACCUCUGACCGGCGCACCCGCUCUCGGUCACGUAGAAUUUCCCUCCGAAAGAAGCUUAAACUCCCCAUAGGAAACUGGCUGAAACGAUCCUCCCUCUCAGGCCUGGCAGAUGGUGUGGAGGACCUCCUGGACAUCAGCUCUGUGGACCGCCUCUCUUUCAUCAGGCAAAGCUCCAAGGUCAAAUUCACCAGUGCUGUAAAGCUUUCUGAAGGUGGACCAGGGAGUGGAAUGGAAAACGGGAGAGACGAAGAGGAGAAUUUCUUCAAGCGUCUUGGUUGCCACAGUUUUGAUGACCAUCUGUCUUCCAACCAAGAUGGCGGAAAAAGCAAAAACGUGGUGAAUCUUGGAGCAAUCCGACAAGGAAUGAAGCGCUUUCAGUUUCUGUUAAACUGCUGUGAGCCAGGGACAAUUCCUGAUGCAUCGAUCUUGGCAGCCGCCUUGGAUCUUGAAGCGCCUGUAGUAGCCAGAGCAGCGCUGUUCCUGGAAUGUGCCCGUUUUGUUUACCGCUGCAACCGUGGCAACUGGCCAGAGUGGAUGAAAGGGCAUCAUGUGAAUAUCACCAAGAAAGGCCUUUCCAGGGGACGGUCUCCCAUUGUGGGCAACAAGCGGAACCAGAAGCUGCAGUGGAACGCUGCCAAGCUCUUCUACCAAUGGGGAGACGCAAUUGGCGUCCGGUUGAAUGAGCUGUGCCAUGGGGAAAGUGAGAGCCCAGCCAACCUGCUGGGUCUCAUUUAUGAUGAGGAGACCAAGAGGAGACUGAGAAAGGAGGAUGAUGAGGAAGACUUUUUAGAUGACAGUACUGUGAACCCGUCUAAAUGUGGCUGCCCCUUUGCCUUGAAGAUGGCAGCAUGCCAGCUUCUCCUGGAGAUUACCACCUUCCUGCGAGAGACCUUUUCUUGCCUGCCCAGACCACGCACUGAGCCUCUGAUGGACUUGGAGAGCUGCCGACUUCGUUUGGAUCCUGAGUUGGACCGGCACAGAUAUGAGAGGAAGAUCAGCUUUGCUGGUGUCCUGGAUGAAAAUGAAGACUCAAAAGAUUCCCUUCACAGUAGUAGCCACACCCUCAAAUCAGAUGCAGGUGUUGAGGAGAAGAAAGUUCCCAGCAGGAAGAUCAGGAUAGGAGGUUCCCGCCUGCUCCAGAUUAAAGGAACCCGCAGUUUCCAGGUGAAGAAGGGGGGUUCCUUGUCCAGCAUUCGCCGGGUCGGCAGCUUAAAGAGCAGCAAGUUAUCACGGCAGGACUCAGAGUCUGAGGCUGAGAAGCUGCAGCUGUCCCAGAGCAGGGACACUGUCACUGACCUAGAAGGGAGUCCUUGGAGUGCAAGUGAGCCCAGCAUUGAGCCAGAGGGAAUGAGUACAGCCAGCACGGAGGAAAAUUACCACAGGAACAUGUCAUGGCUUCAUGUCAUGAUCUUGCUGUGCAAUCAGCAAAGCUUCAUCUGCACCCACGUUGACUACUGCCACCCUCACUGCUACCUGCACCACAGCCGCUCCUGUGCCCGGCUCGUCAGGGCCAUUAAGCUGCUCUAUGGAGACUCUGUGGACUCCCUCCGAGAGAGCAGCAGCGUCAGCAACGUGGCUCUCCGGGGCAAGAAGCAGAAAGAGUGCUCAGAUAAAUCAUGCCUGAGGACACCUUCGCUGAAAAAGAGAGUUUCAGAUGCCAACCUAGAGGGGAAAAAGGACUCUGGAAUGCUGAAAUACAUCAGACUACAGGUGAUGAGCCUGUCGCCUGCUCCCUUAUCUCUGCUAAUCAAGGCAGCACCAAUUCUGACGGAGGAGAUGUAUGGAGACAUCCAGCCAGCUGCCUGGGAGCUCCUGCUCAGCAUGGAUGAGCACAUGGCAGGGGCAGCAGGUAAAGAAAGACCACCUGGGACUCUGAUCCCGCCUCCCAGUAUAAACUUCACCCUGCCCUCCCCAGUGCUUGGAAUGCCAUCUGUCCCGAUGUUUGACCCCCCUUGGGUCCCUCAGUGCAGCGGGAGUGUCCAGGACCCCAUUAAUGAAGACCAGUCUAAAUCCUUUUCAGCCCGGGCUGUGUCCCGCUCCCAUCAAAGGGCAGAACACAUCUUAAAGAACUUGCAACAGGAGGAAGAGAAGAAACGUCUUGGUCGAGAAGCCAGCCUCAUCACUGCCAUCCCCAUCACCCAGGAGGCUUGCUACGAGCCCACCUGCACACCCAACUCAGAGCCAGAAGAAGAAGUAGAAGAAGUCACCAAUCUGGCAGCCCGUCGACUGUCUGUGAGUCCAUCCUGUACCUCCAGCACUUCCCACAGGAAUUAUUCCUUCCGCCGAGGGUCAGUCUGGUCAGUGCGUUCAGCUGUCAGUGCUGAAGAUGAGGAGCACACCACCGAACACAUGCCCAGCCCCCACGUGCCUCAGCCCCCGCAGGCUGUGUUCCCGGCAUGCAUCUGUGCAGCAGUGCUCCCCAUUGUCCACCUGAUGGAGGAUGGUGAGGUGCGGGAAGAUGGAGUAGCAGUGAGUGCUGUGGCCCAGCAAGUCUUAUGGAAUUGUCUAAUUGAAGAUCCAUCAACAGUUCUUCGACAUUUCCUGGAAAAACUGACCAUCAGCAAUAGACAAGAUGAGUUAAUGUACAUGCUGCGCAAACUUCUCCUGAAUAUCGGAGACUUUCCUGCUCAGACCUCUCACAUCCUAUUCAACUACUUGGUAGGAUUAAUCAUGUACUUCGUGCGGACCCCCUGCGAGUGGGGGAUGGAUGCCAUUUCAGCCACUCUGACUUUCCUGUGGGAGGUGGUCGGUUACGUAGAAGGCCUGUUCUUCAAGGAUCUGAAGCAGACCAUGAAGAAGGAGCAAUGUGAGGUCAAGCUCCUGGUGACCGCUUCAAUGCCAGGUACCAAGACCUUGGUAGUUCAUGGACAGAAUGAGUGUGAUAUCCCAACCCAGUUACCAGUCCAUGAAGAUACUCAAUUUGAAGCCCUGUUAAAGGAGUGUCUGGAGUUUUUUAAUAUCCCAGAAUCCCAGUCUACACAUUACUUUCUCAUGGAUAAACGAUGGAACCUUAUCCACUACAAUAAGACCUAUGUUCGGGAUAUUUACCCUUUUAGGAGAUCCGUGUCUCCACAGCUGAACCUUGUACAUAUGCAUCCAGAGAAAGGACAGGAGCUCAUUCAGAAACAGGUAUUCACUCGGAAGCUGGAGGAAGUGGGGAGGGUUUUGUUUCUCAUCUCCCUCACCCAGAAGAUCCCCACAGCCCACAAGCAGUCUCACGUCUCCAUGCUCCAGGAAGACCUCCUCCGACUGCCCUCAUUCCCUCGAAGUGCUAUUGACGCAGAGUUUUCACUCUUCAGUGAUCCUCAAGCUGGGAAGGAGCUGUUUGGCCUCGACACUCUUCAGAAAAGCUUGUGGAUCCAGCUCCUGGAGGAGAUGUUCCUGGGCAUGCCGAGCGAGUUUCCCUGGGGAGAUGAAAUCAUGCUUUUCCUCAACGUUUUUAACGGGGCUCUGAUCCUGCACCCAGAAGACAGUGCCCUGCUCAGGCAGUACGCGGCCACCGUCAUCAACAGCGCUGUGCACUUCAAUCACCUCUUCUCCCUCAGCGGCUACCAGUGGAUUCUGCCCACCAUGCUGCAGGUGUACUCUGACUAUGAAAGCAAUCCCCAGUUGCGUCAAGCCAUUGAAUUCGCCUGCCAUCAGUUCUACAUUCUACACCGGAAGCCCUUUGUGCUCCAGCUGUUUGCAAGUGUGGCCCCUCUCCUGGAGUUUCCUGAUGCUGCCAAUACUGGGUCCAGCAAAGGCGUGUCAGCUCAGUGCCUGUUUGACUUGCUGCAGUCGCUGGAGGGGGAGACCACGGACAUCCUAGACAUCUUAGAGCUGGUUAAAGCUGAGAAGCCUCUUAAGUCAUUAGAUUUCUGCUAUGGAAAUGAAGACCUGACUUUCUCUAUAAGUGAAGCCAUUAAGCUCUGUGUUACUGUGGUGGCAUAUGCUCCUGAGUCAUUCAGAAGUCUUCAGAUGCUGAUGGUCUUGGAAGCUUUGGUGCCAUGUUACCUACAAAAGCUAAAGAGGCAAACGUCACAAGUGGAGACAGGACCCGCUGCCCGAGAGGAGAUCGCCUCCAUGGCUGCUCUUGCGACAUCCCUGCAGGCCCUUUUAUACAGCGUAGAGGUCCUCACCAGGCCCAUGACGGCCCCCCAGAUGAGCAGGUGUGACCAGGGUCAUAAAGGGGCAACCACAGCCAACCACACCAUGUCGUCUGGGAUGACUACCAGGUACCAGGAACAAGGCGCCAAACUGCACUUUAUCAGAGAAAACCUGCACUUACUGGAGGAAGGGCAGGGCCUUCCCAGAGAGGAACUAGAUGAACGGCUUGCUCGGGAGGAGUUCAGAAGACCCCGGGAGUCACUGCUGAACAUCUGCACCGAGUUCUACAAGCACUGCGGGCCCAGGCUGAAGAUCUUGCAAAACCUGGCCGGGGAACCGCGGGUCACUGCCCUGGAGUUGUUGGACGUGAAGUCCCACAUGAGGUUGGCAGAAAUUGCACACUCCCUUCUGAAGUUGGCACCAUACGACACCCAGACAAUGGAGAGCCGUGGGCUUCGACGCUACAUCAUGGAGAUGCUCCCUAUCACCGACUGGACAGCCGAGGCAGUGAGGCCGGCCCUUAUCCUCAUUUUAAAGAGAUUGGAUAGGAUGUUCAACAAAAUUCAUAAGAUGCCUACUUUGAGGCGACAGGUUGAGUGGGAGCCUGCCAGCAAUUUGAUUGAAGGGGUUUGUUUGACACUUCAGAGGCAGCCAAUCAUAUCCUUCCUGCCUCACCUUAGGUCACUGAUCAAUGUCUGUGUCAAUCUGGUGAUGGGAGUGGUAGGACCCUCCAGUGUUGCUGAUGGAUUACCCCUUCUUCAUCUCAGCCCUUAUCUCUCACCACCUCUGCCCUUCAGCACAGCUGUUGUCCGGCUUGUAGCAUUGCAGAUACAGGCUUUAAAAGAAGAUUUUCCUUUAAGCCAUGUGAUCUCCCCAUUCACCAAUCAAGAGCGAAGGGAGGGGAUGCUUUUAAAUCUGCUCAUCCCAUUUGUGCUCACAGUAGGAUCUGGAAGCAAAGAUAGCCCAUGGCUGGAGCAGCCUGAGGUGCAGCUGCUACUGCAGACAGUCAUUAAUGUGCUCCUGCCUCCACGGAUCAUCAGCACGUCCAGAAGCAAGAGCUUCAUGUUGGAGAGCUCCCCCGCUCACUGCUCCACCCCCGGGGAUGCAGGCAAAGACCUGCGCAGGGAAGGGCUGGCAGAGCCCACCAGCCAAGCAGCAUACUUGGCGCUGAAGGUGAUUCUCGUCUGCUUUGAGAGGCAGCUCGGCAGCCAGUGGUACUGGCUGAGCCUCCAGGUGAAGGAGAUGGCCCUGAGGAAGGUCGGCGGCCUGGCCCUGUGGGACUUCCUCGACUUCAUCGUGCGGACCCGCAUCCCCAUCUUCGUGCUCUUGCGCCCUUUCAUCCAGUGCAAGCUUCUGGCCCAACCAGCAGAGAACCACGAAGAGCUUUCUGCCCGACAACAUAUCGCUGACCAGCUGGAACGGCGUUUCAUUCCACGCCCUCUGUGUAAGAGCUCCCUCAUUGCUGAGUUCAAUAGUGAACUAAAAAUUCUAAAAGAGGCAGUUCACAGUGGAUCAGCCUACCAAGGGAAGACAUCCAUCAGCACCGUGGGUACCUCCACCUCUGCUUACCGCCUGAGCCUGGCCACCAUGUCACGCUCCAACACAGGCACCGGCACAGUCUGGGAGCAGGACAGUGAGCCGUCCCAGCAGGCUUCACAGGACACCCUGAGUCGAACUGAUGAGGAAGAUGAGGAAAAUGACUCUGUCAGCAUGCCCAGUGUGGUAAGUGAACAAGAAGCUUACCUCCUGAGUGCCAUUGGAAGGAGGCGGUUCUCCAGCCAUGUCUCCAGCAUGUCUGCACCUCAGGCUGAGGUGGGCAUGUUACCCAGCCAAAGUGAACCUAAUGUCCUCGAUGACUCCCAGGGCCUGGCCGCCGAGGGCAGCCUCUCUAGGGUGGCAAGUGUGCAGAGUGAACCUGGCCAGCAGAACCUCCACACUCAGCAGCCGCUGGGGAGGAAGAGGGGCCUGAGGCAGCUAAGACGUCCUCUACUAUCACGUCAGAAGACUCAGACUGAACCCAGAAACCGCCAUGGGGCUCGGCUGUCAACCACCCGCAGGAGCAUUCAACCUAAAACGAAGCCAUCCGCGGAUCAGAAACGAUCUGUGACCUUCAUUGAGGCUCAGGCAGAGCCAGGCGGUGCCCCAACAGACAUGCUUCCUGCCACAGGCCAGCCACAGGGCUGCGGCCCAGCCCCAUCCAGGAAACCAGACGGAAUGGACAAACCAGUGCUCACGUCUUCCCCCGCCAUUGUUGUUGCUGACCUUCACAGCCUGUCUCCCAAGCAGGGUGAAAGCCUCCCAGCUGAAGAAGGAGAAAAGGAGGAGGACACAGAAAUACAAGGUGCUACAGCACAUAGCCUCCUCUCUACUCAACUCUCAGACCCUGAUGACUUCACAGGCCUUGAGACAUCCAUCCUCCUACAGCAUGGAGACACUGUACUUCACAUCAGUGAGGAAAAUGGCAUGGAGAACCCCCUCCUGUCCAGUCAGUUCCCUUUUACUCCCACUGAGCUAGGGGAGACUGAGGUAGACCUAGAUGAGUCUCAUGUUUAAUUCUGUACCUUUUAAGAGUUGUAGGUGUAGACAAGAUGUGGAAGGGAUCACUUUGCUAAAAGUUGAAAACUUGCUUGGAAAAGAUGAAAACAUAGCACUUUACACUCAAUGGGUAGCACAAAUCCCAGUGGAUUUUGCUGUCGAUGUGCAUAUUGUUUCAUAAACAUCUUUUAAAAGUCAAUGGCUAAGAUGGUUUGGUUGUGUGAAGACCAUAAAAUCUAGGGAGGAAUAAAGGGAAAGAGCCAUUUAACUGCACAUUGUUUAUGAUUCAAGAAGCCUUGAGCAGUUGAAAAUGUAUACUGUUACAGAGCUGCUUACCUAGGAAUAUUAACAAAUAAUGUGGUCUAAAAAGAGAAAGCAAUUUUUUGAGGUUACAUUAUACAUCUCAUGCAAAUGUUUAUUUUUCUAAUUUCAAAAUCAUUAAAUCAGGUGGCUGUACAAGUAGCAAUUUAUAUAAAAGUAAUCAAUAAGGAAAAUAUUAGUUUGGGGAAACUUGAUAGCAAAUAAGCCUGCAGCCAUUUUUUUUUUUUUUUU